AUGGUUACCUUGUUUUGGCUCCUUUCUCAACUGACAAAGUUGUCUUGGGCACUUUGCUUCCCUCCUCCUUGUCUCAAGGGUUACCUUGUUUGUCUCAUGGUUGUCUUGUCUGCUUCAAAUCCCCCCACCCCCCCGCAUAUCCUGAUUGUCUUGAACCCUUCAUGGACUCUUUUGUCUCACGGUUGUCUAGCCUUGGCUGCUUUCUUGUCUCACAGUUGUCUCGUAUUAGCUGCUUCACCCCCUUCUCGUCUUGGCUACUUCACCCCUUUUGCAUCUCGUGAAUGUCUUGUCUUGGCCGCUUCCCCAGCUUUCAUGGUUGUCCCGCAUUGUGUUUGUCCAUCUCAAAUUUUUCUCUAUCUUUCAUUGCCAACUCCUGUGUCAGCCACUGCUCCUACCAUAUUUUUAUGUAUGUUGGUUCUGUCAGACUACCUUGCUGCUGAUGCUGUUGUUGCUAUCUUUGCGCUAAACAGCUUUUUUCUUUUGGGUUUUCUUUCCUUUGCUCAUCCACCAUUUGACUUAUUCAUUUUCUCUUCUUUGCAUAUUAUACCUUCUUCUCUUCCUUUUUCAAACGCACAUGCACUCACUCCGUUCUUCUUCCUUCAUGAAAGUAGUAACUACGUUUUUGGGAGGUUCCUUUUAUUAACCUCCUCCUGUAUCUGCUUCUUUCUUUCAUUCUCAUUGCCAGUAGCACCGGCAUUUCGUUUGCCGGUAGUCAUACUCAACAAAACUCAAAAGCUUGCUUUAACUUCUGCUCAACAGUUCAUAUUUUACUCGAACUGUUUGUAG